UAGAACGAGGAACACGCCUCAAGAUGCUUUUUCAGAUAGCAAAGAUGAGGUCCUCCAGGAGUAUAUCUGCGGCCGCAGUUGUAGCCUUGGUAGUGGCCUUGACUUUGGUGCAGCCCAGCAUGGAAAAGAAAAUGUUGAAGCUCGCUGCCCUUGCAGGCAUGAUGGGUGGGCACAGCUUUAUCCCCAUACCCAUUCCCAUCAGUAAGAAAGUGUACCACCAGAAGUUCGUGCCCAUUCCUCACCCAUACCCGGUGCACAUCCCGGUACACACCCACGAGAGCAUACACCACAAGGCUCACCAUGAGCACGUCAAGCACAACCACGACCACGGACACCACGGUGGACGCAGCAACAUCAUAGUCGUCGACGGAGGUCAUGGUCACGGUGGCGGCUACGGUGGCGGCUACGGCGGCGGCCACGGCGGCGGCCAUGGUGGUGGCUAUGACGGUGGCUAUGACGGGUGGUAGAACUCCGUGGCCUUCGUCUCGUACAACUUCGUCCGUCCUGUCCCGUGCCAACAUAUGUCCCCUUCUUCAACACAGUUUGCUCCUGUAUAGUUUCCACUGCUCUCAUUUCACGUUUCGAGGGUGAAUGUUUUAGUCACUGUUGAGUGUCUGUGAUACCGAAUACUUCAAAUGUACAUACGAUCAUAAGUGUUUGUGUAGUGUCUUCUGUAUGUAAAUAUCCUGUAAAGAAAUAAAUGUUGACCGU